GGUUUAUCUCUGCUUGAAAACCACUUGUCUUGACGUGUGGAAUUCUACGGAAAAAAGCUUUCUAACCUCACUUUGCAAAUGCUUUGCUGUAUGUAUAUAACCUGACUGCGUCUUCUUCCGAAUAUUGGCUUUAAAUUUGGAUCAAUCAUGAGAGUCAGACAAGAACAUUGGAACUUGCUACUCGAUAUUUGCGAAAAAAAACCGUGAGGUGAUCAGUAAUAAAUUUAAUGGACCUGAUGGCAAAGCAAAGGGGCAUGAACUGUGGCAAAACAGUACCCAUCAACUGAAUAGUUUGGGAUUUGGCGUAAAAAAAAAGAAGAUUGGAGAAGGGCUUUGAUUGACUGGAAAUGUAAAACUAAAGCUAAGGCAUCAAAAAUCAAACAAGAAAUUGUGAAAACUGGUGGAGGACCAGCAAAUUAUGUACCUCUCUCUGAUGCAGAAAAGCGGCUCCUCAGCCUUAUGGGAACAAAGUCUGUUCAAGGAGAUGAUGUAUGUGAAAUGGGCUUUGGACAGGUGACCACAACAUCUAAUACAACAGAUAUCUUUAACUCAACAAUGGAAGCAUCAAGCUGCAAUGUGAUAAAUCAAGAAAAUAGGCAAAAUUAUAACAUCAAAAUAUUACCUGAUCACAAUUAUACUCCAACUAAUACAAAAACUCCCUCAAGAAAACAUCAAAGAACAGCAUAUCAGAGAACUUACCAAAGAAAUUCAAACAGAUUAACAACAAUUACUGAAGAAUCACUCCAGGUCCUCAAAAAAAUAGAAAGUAAUACCCAAAGUAUUGCAGAGUCAUUGAAAAUACUUGCUGCUGUUGCACAAACAGCAUUUUCAAAAGACAGUUGAGUAUAUUUUUAUUGGUUGACUUGCUUUCACUACAUUUUUGUAAUAUCAAACUAGGCCAUAUAAUCCUCAUGAAAAUUUAUA